AUGGCCACAAACAUUGGAGCUGAAGUGCUGCAAGCUUUACAAACUCUGCAGAAACAUAAUUUCAAGGAAUCGGAGGCGGCUUUAAAAAAGGAAGCAGGUUUAACGGAUAGCAGUGUUGCGGAUGAGUUCUUUGAAUUUAAGGCAGAUACACCUGACGACCCACACCUAUUUUCGGCCGCAUACGAACAGAUCAUAAAAUUUGUAGAUGGUUGCUCUGAUCAACACAAGCUAUACAUGCGUCUUGUGAGCGGCAACUAUCCCGUCGAUGGUAUUUUUAUUGAAUAUUCAGACCCAUUAAUUCUUUGUUUAGCUGCCGCAUUGAUGAACAAAUAUCGGCGUUUUCAGGAAGAUUUUUAUCAAGAUGACAUUCAGACUCUUUCUAACAUAACUGAACCGAAUCAUCUGUUUACAAAUCCGCUUGUAGAGACGUUUAGAGCAUCUGAUUUCUACGUAAGCGUCGCAUCAUCAUCAUAUACGAUUUUCCGCCGUUUUAUUCGCGAGAAGGGGCUGUCUGUAAUUCAGAGUAUCCUCAAAGACCAGUUGAAUGUCGAAGUUAUUGACGGUCCUCCGCGGUCAAAACUACAAUUGUGCUGCCGUCGCGGUGCAAUAUUCGGAGAAUCACGACGUGAUGCUAACUCGGAGCCUGUUUUGUUUGGACUUUUAAGAGACCUUACUGUUGAAUCGGAGCCAUCUGAGACAAUUGAUCCAAUGACCAGCGAACUAGAUGGUGACACAGAGUUGACUCCGUCGAAAAAGAAGAAGAAAAAGGACGGUGGUCCUUUGGGCCAAAAAUCAUCCAAGUCCGACGACUCCAAGGGUUCUUCAAAGUCACCAGCACUUGAUAGAAUUCCACUUCCAAAGCUCUCCGAUGCCUACUUAGACCGUCGUAGGACGCUUCGUCGAGAAACUGCCCAGAUAAAAAGGAGCAUCCUUCAGCGGGACUCAAACCCUGGUACAUCAGCACUUUUUUAUACUGUGUGCAAUGCGCAGCCUGGUGAAUCAGCGUUGGCUAUCCGUCGUGGAGGCGUUCCCUGUAUGUCCUUUUCAGAAGACCUAAGCAUGCUCGUUGCAGCCUUAGGCUCCGGUCGUAUUCGUGUUUGGGCCCUAGGAGCUGAGUCACUAAGGCAGUUGCUGCCGCCAGAUGAACUUGAACUACUCGACAUGAAUGAUGCAAGAAUAAAGAGCAAAAUGCUUCAUGACGAAAACGACAAGGCGCAUCCAUCGCGUGACUUGAUUGGUCAUCAGUCUGCAGUGCAUGGCGUCGCCUUUUCACCCGAUUGCCAACUGAUUGCCUCCGUGAGUGCUGACGGCUCCCUGAGGCUUUGGUCCACGAAAAUUUGGGGAGGGGCUCUCUCUGUGUGGCGAGACCACGUUUUGCCCAUAUGGUGCGUGUCUUGGGCUCCCUCCUACGGACACUACAUAGCCACUGGGGGUUCUGACAGAACCGUGCGCAUGUACGCCUGCGACCACGCGCCCCAACCUUUGCGAAUCUUCACCGGCCACAAGGCGGAUGUAACCACGGUCGCUUUUCAUCCUAAUGUCAACUACCUGGCCUCCGGCAGUGCCGAUAGGGCCGUUCGACUUUUCGAUGUUCGUUCGGGAAAGUGCGUCCGUCUCUACACUGGUCACAAGGGCUCAGUCCAGUGUCUAGCCUUCUCGCCUUGUGGCCGAUAUCUCGCUUCUGGCGGGUGGUGUGGGGCUACGUGUUUGUGGGAUCUAGGAAGCGGUGCACAAGUUGGCCAGCUUGGUGGCUUCAGCACAAACAAUUUCAAGAGCCGCGUCUCCGCCAAUGCCGAAGAUACCAGCCAACUCCUCACCGGGCCCGUUGUUAGUUUGGCCUUCUGUCCUGAUAGCUCGAGCGGUCGUUUGGCGACAGGUGGGCUGGAGGGUGCUCUUCGUGUUUGGAACGUCGGCUCGGGAAAGGUUUCACAAGUUGGAGACAAUGACGGUAGUUUAUCUCUGCUGGGCGUGCACAGUGCGAUGAGCGAAGAAUCUCGAGGCAGCGGUGGGAGCGCCUCCUGUCGGUGGGAGACGGAUCAGUACUACAGCAUGGUGGGCGGUUACGAGGUUGCUCGGGGCUGUCUCCUGGACGCCUUCUUCACGCGCAAAUCAGCGGUUCUUGCUGUACAGUUUGCACACCCUUACUUGUUGCUAGCCGCAGGGCCAUACAACCAAAUAUAA